AUGCCGGCAACCACAGCAGCAGUUCUGCUGGUGCUACUACUUGUUGCAGCGCCUGCAGUGACGGAGGCACGAUUCGCUUUCGUCGUCCUCCACUACGAGGGCACUCCCGCCGACGAUGCGUACGUGCUUGGCACGCAGGUGACCAUAGCCACGGUGCUGGAGCAGCACCCGGACCCGGCCAUUGAUGUGGUGGUACUGGCGGUCCACGGCGUGCGGCCCGAGGUCAAAGCCCGGUUUGCGGCGACCGAUCCGAGGCGAGUGGUGGUGAGGGAGGUGCCGGACAUCGGCAAUCCGUUUGGCCACGCCAAGCCACGCUUCCGCAAGUCGCUCAACAAGCUGCACGCCUGGGCGCUGGUCGACUACGAGCGGGUCGUCUUUCUCGACUCGGACACGGUUGCGCUCCACGACAUGUCGGCCCUCUUCCGCUGCGGUCACUUUUGCGUUGUCUACCUCAAUCCGACCCGAUUCCACACUGCGCUCAUGGUCAUCAAGCCCGACGUUACCGUCUUUAGCGACAUGCGCGCCGCCCUGCGCCGUUCACCGUCGGAUCCAAACGCGCCGGCCUCGCACGACGGUGCCGACCAGGGCUUUCUCAACUGGUACUUUGCCCACGCACGCGCCGGCCCGCUAUUUGACGUCUACCUUGGCGGACCUGACGGCGGCGAGCGCUUCGAGCACCCGGCCAUGCGGCUCACCAUCGCCCACGCCAUGCACCACAUCUACUUUUACGAGCACGGGACGUGGGACGGCUACCGCGUGGCAGGUGCACACCCUGAGGUAAUUGCCGCCGAUCCGCCGGCGCUCUCCAUCUCCUUUCCCGGCCCGACGUGGACCAAGCCGUGGGACUGGCGCGGCUACCUGUUCUUUGUUGGUAACUGGCUCUGGGCCGAUGCUCGUGCCCGGCUCCCUUCCGACUUGGUAUCACCGCCGCAAAUUGCUAGUGCAGCGCUGGCCUACGUCGUGAUUCCGGCGGCGCUUACGGGAGUCUUCUACGCUCUCGCCCCGGCGCAUGGCGGCACCGGACUGAGCCCGGCCAGCGGCCGCGGUCUCGUCCUUGCCGGCACCGCCGUCACCGCCACGACGUACGGCGUGUACGUAGCUGCCGAGCUGGUCUCCCCAUUUGCCCAUCCCUACGCUGGCUUUGCCAUUGUCCUCUCCACUGAGAUGGUUGCUCAGCACGCCAUCCGUCUUGUGGGCGUGUGGAUGCUGACGGGGCAUCCGCCGCGGGCUGUGCGCUCACCGCUGUGGCCCACCGUCCUCGCCCUCGCGGCGCGCCUUGCGGUCAUCGGCAUCGGUGCGUGUCUCUUUCACUUUGUGCUUAAGGUCCUGCUGCUUGGCGCAGGUAUCCUCGCCUCGCUUGCGCUCUCGAUAGCGUCGUGGGGCGUGGUCCGCGUUUCCUCGGCACCGGAAGCUCGCCCGCGCUGCGACGCGGCCAGCCCGCGCCCGUGGGGCUCGUUUCCGGCGUUUCUGACAGGCUUUGCCGUCUUUUGUGUUGGCUCGCUUGUCAACGUCACGGGCAUGUCGGUAGCCGAGCUGGCUGUCGACCUCGCGCGGCCGCCGCUUGUCGACGUUGUCCACGCACGCUGGCCUGAUGCGCAGACUGGAGCCAUCGGCGAGGUCCUUCUCCUCGCCGCCAUUGUCACGCCUGUGUUCGUCGGAGUCGUUUACAACAGAUUUGCAGAUGGGUUUACCAUUCUCGGUCGGGUAUUUGCCAGCGUCGGCGCCGUGUACGUUGUCCGCGGAGUGGCCGUGGGCGUCACCGACAUUCCGGUGCCGAACAACCACUGCCGCGCAUGGGACGGGUGGCGGAGCGACGACGACACCCAUUGGUCGAACAUAGCCGUCGGCCUGAGAACGCUCGGCACAGAUCCGCACUGUGGUGAUCUGAUCCUCUCUGGCCACACCAUCGUCGUCGUAGUCGCCACCGCUGUCAUGGUCUCAUACUACGCGCGGCUGGUGCCGACAACAACGCUAGCGUCAUGCGCGCUUGCACUGGUGGCGAGCGCCUCAUUUGUCCUCUCGCACAACCACUAUACUGUCGACGUGUGGCUGGCAGCGGUUGUCACCACUCUGGUGUGGCACUCGCUCCCAGCGGUCUGGCCCUGGCCGGUCGGCGGCAUGUUUCCUUCUUGCUCUUGA